UCCCAUAAGCUGUGCAGAAUGGCCACCAAAACAAACAAACAAACAAACAAAAACCACCAAAAACCAUGUUGUAUAGUGCCCAUCCCAUGUGCCAGGCACAGGCAUGCAGCAAUACCAAGACAGAUGAAGUCCCUGUUCUUAUGGAAUUCGCAUUCUGGUAGUGGGGAAAAGAUAAUAAUCAAGUAGCCACACAAACAGAUAGUUCAGGCAGCAAUAAAUGGCAUGAAGAAUAUAAGCAGGACACUGCGAUGAAGUGUGAUGAAAGACUGGUCCAAUCGGGCAACAAGGAAGACCUCUGGGAGUCGAUGACAUGUGAGUUAAGAUUUGAAAAGGAAGGAGCCAACCUCUAAGAGCUGAGUGAAAAGCAUCCCAGACAGAGAAAACAUAUAGUGCAAAGGCCCUUAGGUUAAUGUAAGCUUAUAGUGUCUGUGGAACAAACAAAAAAGACCAGUGUGGAUGGAACAGUAAAAAAAUAAAUAAAAUAAGGAGUGGGAGAGCAGGGUGACCAAAUGAUAUCAGAAAGCAAGGUAGAGACAGAUCUGCCCAGGGAGGGUCUAUGGUAGGAUUGAGCUGAAUGUGGAUUUUUGCAAACACGUGAGUUGGGUAGAUGAGCUGUGGGUGGUGGGACUGUGGGUGUGUGUGUUGGGGAAGGGGACAUUCAUCUUGUCUGCUCUGUGAAGCUGCUCUCAUAUGUGCCCUCUCUCCCCACAGCCUCCGGAAAGAUGCCCACCCAAUGUUCCCUAACCUCCAACCUGGCCCUUCUGAUGCUGCUGGGCACUGUCACAGCAGGCCCUUUCUCUCCACGGUCCAAUGUGACACUUCCAGCCCCACGGCCCCCUCCCCAGCCGGGGGGCCGUACAGUGCAGCCAGAAGGGGGAGGCCCUUCUUCUCGGCUCUACGAGCACACCGUGGAAGGAGGGGAGAAGCAGGUGGUGUUCACCCACCGCAUUAACCUGCCCCCUUCAGCUGGCUGUGGCUGUCCCCCAGGCACUGAGCCCCCUGUCCCUGCUUCAGAGGUGCAGGCCUUGAGGGUCCGACUGGAGAUCCUGGAGGAGCUGGUGAAGGGGCUCAAGGAACAGUGCAUUGGGGGCUGUUGUCCUCCAGCUGCCCAGGCUGGCACAGGCCAGACCGACAUUCGAAGCCUCUGCAGUCUCCAUGGUGUGUUUGACCUGAGCCGCUGUGCCUGCUCCUGCGAGCCAGGCUGGGGUGGGCCCACCUGCUCGGACCCCGCAAGUGCCGAGGGACCCCCCUCCUCGCCACCCUCCGCCCCCAGUUCCUGCCCGGACGACUGCAAUGAUCAGGGUCGCUGCGUCCGUGGUCGCUGCGUGUGCUUCCCUGGCUACACCGGGCCCAGUUGUAGCUGGCCCUCCUGCCCGGGGGACUGCCACGGCCGCGGACGCUGCGUGCAGGGCGUGUGCGUGUGCCGCGCGGGCUUCUCCGGGGACGACUGCAGUGUGCGCUCCUGCCCUCGCGGCUGCAGCCAGAGGGGACGCUGCGAGGACGGGCGCUGCGUGUGCAAUCCAGGCUACAGUGGCGAGGACUGUGGGGUGAGGAGCUGCCCCCGAGACUGCAGCCAGAGAGGACGCUGCGAGAAUGGGCGCUGCGUGUGCAACCCCGGUUACACUGGCGACGACUGUGGGGUAAGGAGCUGUCCCCGAGGCUGCAGCCAGAAGGGGCGCUGCGAGGAUGGGCGCUGCGUCUGUGACCCGGGCUACGCUGGCGACGACUGCGGCUCGCGGACCUGCCCGUGGGACUGUGGAGAGGGCGGACGCUGUGUGGACGGCCGCUGCGUGUGCUGGCCCGGGUACGCGGGCGAGGACUGCAGCACGCGGACCUGUCCCCGCGACUGUCGGGGCCGAGGGCGUUGCGAGGAUGGCGAAUGCAUCUGCGACCCGGGCUACAGCGGGGACGACUGCGGCGUGCGCAGCUGCCCAGGCGACUGCAACCAAAGGGGCCGCUGCGAGGACGGCCGCUGCGUAUGCUGGCCUGGGUACUCGGGGCCCGACUGCGGAGCGCGUGCCUGCCCGCGCGACUGUCGGGGCCGCGGGCGCUGCGAGAACGGCGUAUGCGUGUGCCACGCGGGCUACAGUGGCGAGGACUGCGGCGUGCGCAGCUGUCCCGGGGACUGUCGCGGCCGGGGCCGUUGCGAGAGUGGCCGCUGCGUGUGUUGGCCCGGGUACACAGGCCGGGACUGCGGUAUGCGCGCCUGCCCUGGCGACUGUCGCGGGCGCGGGCGCUGCGUAGACGGCCGCUGCGUGUGCAACCCGGGCUUCGCAGGAGAGGACUGCGGGAACCGUCGGUGUCCCGGGGACUGUCGCGGUCGCGGCCGCUGCGAAGAUGGCGUGUGCUCGUGCGACGUGGGCUACGAGGGCGAAGACUGCGGCACGCGCAGCUGCCCCAGGGGUUGCCAAGGCCGCGGCCAAUGCCUGGAGGGGCGCUGCGUGUGCGACGACGGCUACGAGGGUGAGGACUGCGGCGUAAGACGGUGCCCGCGCGACUGCAACCAGCGCGGCGUGUGCCAGGACGGUGUGUGCACCUGUUGGGAGGGCUUCGCGGGCGAGGACUGUGGCCUCCGUGUCUGCCCCGCCAACUGUAACCGGCGCGGUCGCUGCGAGAACGGGCGCUGCGUGUGCGACUCAGGCUACACAGGCCCCUCCUGCGCCACCCGCACCUGCCCGGCCGACUGCCGGGGCCAUGGUCGCUGUGUGCAGGGCAUGUGCGUGUGCCACCUGGGCUACAGCGGCGAGGACUGUGGGCAGGAAGAGCCUCCUGCCAGCGCCUGCCCCGGGGGCUGCGGGCCGCGGGAACUGUGCCGCGCAGGCCAGUGCGUCUGCGUCGAGGGCUUCCGGGGCCCCGACUGCGCCAUCCAGACGUGCCCCGGGGACUGCCGUGGCCGGGGAGAGUGUCGUGAGGGCAGCUGUGUCUGCCAAGACGGCUAUGCAGGGGAGGACUGCGGGGAAGAGGUGCCGGCCAUUGAGGGCAUGAGGAUGCACCUGCUGGAGGAGACGACGGUUCGGACAGAGUGGACCCGGGCUCCUGGCAAUGUGGAUGCCUACGAAAUCCAGUUCAUCCCAACGACAGAGGGGGCGAGCCCCCCAUUCACAGCACGGGUGCCCAGCUCUGCCUCAGCCUAUGACCAGAGAGGAUUAGCCCCUGGUCAGGAGUACCAGGUCACUGUCCGUGCCCUUCGAGGGACUAGCUGGGGCCCUCCUGCCUCCAAGACCAUCACCACCAUGAUUGACGGUCCCCAGGACCUCCGCGUGGUGGCUGUGACACCAACCACCCUGGAGCUCAACUGGCUGCGCCCCCAGGCUGAAGUGGACCGGUUUGUGGUGUCCUACGUCAGUGCUGGCAACCAGAGGGUGCGGCUGGAAGUGCCCUCUGAGGCAGACGGGACGCUGCUGACCGGCCUGAUGCCAGGUGUAGAAUACGUGGUGACCGUCACUGCUGAGCGGGGCCGGGCAGUAAGCUACCCAGCUUCCAUCAGAGCCAACACAGGGUCCUCCCCCUCAGGCCUCUUGGGGGCCACUGAUGAGCCUCCUCCCUCAGGCCCUUCAACGACUCAAGGGGUUCAGGCCCCGGUCCUGCAGCAGCGCCCCCAGGAGCUGGCCGAGUUGAGGGUGCUGGGCAAAGACAAGACAGGGCGCCUCCGAGUGGCCUGGACCGCCCAGCCUGACACCUUUACCCACUUCCAGCUGCGCCUACGGGUGCCCGAAGGGCCAGGGGCCCAUGAGGAGCUGCUGCCAGGGGAUGUCCGUCAGGCUCUGGUGCCCUCACCCCCUGCUGAAUCCCCCUAUGAGCUGUCACUUCGUGGGAUCCCUCCCAGCGGCGAGCCCUCUGCCCCUCUCAUCUACCAAGGCAUUAUGGACAAGGAUGGGGAGAAACCUGGGAAGCCCUUGGCCCCACCUCGCCUGGGCAAGCUGACAGUGACGGACGUGACCUCCGACUCCCUGCUUCUGCACUGGACAGUCCCUGAGGGCGAGUUCGAUUCCUUCGUGAUCCAGUACAAAGACAGGGACAGGCCCCAGGUGGUGCCUAUAGAGGGGCCCCAGCGCACAGCCCUCAUCUCCAACCUGGACGUCGGCCGCAAGUACAAAUUUGUCCUGUACGGGCUCGUGGGCAAGAAGAGGCAUGGCCCCCUGGUGGCUGAAGCCAAGAUCUUGCCUCAGACUGAUCCCAGCCCAGUGACUCCGCCCCGCCUGGGGAAGCUGUGGGUGACUGAUCCCACCCCAGACUCACUGCACCUCUCCUGGACUGUCCCUGAGGGCCAGUUUGACUCCUUCGUGGUCCAGUAUAGGGACAAGGACGGACGGCCCCAGGUGGUGCCCGUGGAAGGGCCCGAGCGCUCGGUCAUUAUCUCCCCGCUGGACCCUGACCACAAGUACAGAUUCACUCUGUUUGGGAUUGCCAACAAGAAACGGCACGGCCCCCUCACGGCCGAUGGCACCACCGCCCCAGAGAAGAAAGAGGAGCACCGCCAUGCAGAGCCCCCAGAGCAGCCCCUGCUGGGGGAGCUGACAGUGACUGGCACCACUGCAGACUCCCUGCGCCUCUCCUGGACAGUGGCCCAGGGCUCUUUCGACUCCUUCGUGGUCCAGUACAAGGAUGCCCAGGGGCGGCCCCAAGCAGUACCCGUCAGGGGUGAUGAGAAUGAGGUCGCCAUCCCCCGCCUGGAGCCCAAUCGGAAGUAUAAGAUGAACCUCUAUGGGCUUCAUGGCAGGCAGCGCGUGGGGCCUGUGUCCGUGGUGGCCACCACAGUCCCUCAGGAAGUCCUGGAUGAGACCCCCAGCGCCACAGAGAGGGAGGAGACCCCCAGCCCCACAGAACCCAGCACAGAGGCCCCAGAGCCACCCAAGAAGCCCCUCCUGGGGGAGCUGACGGUGACAGAAUCCUCCCUGGACUCGCUGAGCCUCUCCUGGACUGUCCCCCAGGGCCACUUUGACUCCUUCACCGUCCAGUACAGAGACGGGGACGGGCAACCCAGGGUGAUGAGGGUGCCAGGGGAUGAGGAUGGGGUCACCAUCUCGGGCCUGGAGCCAGACCACAAGUACAAGAUGAACUUAUAUGGCUUCCAUGACCGCCAGCGUGUGGGCCCCGUCUCUGUCAUCGGGGUGACCACUGCAGAGGAAGAGACCCCUAGCCCUACAGAGAUGGGGGAGACCCCCAGCCCCACAGAGAUGGAGGAGACCCCCAGCCCCACGGAACCCAGCACAGAGGCCCCGGAGCCCCCCAAGGAGCCCCUCCUGGGGGAGCUGACAGUGACAGGAUCCUCCCCGGACUCGCUGAGCCUCUCCUGGACCGUCCCCCAGGGCCACUUCGACUCCUUCACCGUCCAGUACAAGGGCAGGGACGGGCCCCAGGUGGUGCGUGUCGGGGGCGAGGAGACCGAGGUGACCAUUGGGGGCCUGGAGCCGGGACGCAAGUACAAGAUGAACCUGUACGGCCUGCACGGAGGGCGGCGCAUGGGCCCCGUGUCCACCGUGGGCGUGACCGCUCCACAAGCAGAAGAGACUCCUCCGGCCACCGAGCCCCCCAAGGAACCACACCUCGGGGAGCUGACAGUGACAGAUGUGACCCCCAACUCUGUGGGCCUCACAUGGACAGUCCCUGAGGGUCAGUUUGACUCUUUUGUGGUCCAGUACAAGGACAGGGACGGGCAGCCCCACGUGAUCCCUGUGGCCGCAGACCAGCGAGAGGCCACUGUCUCCGGGCUGGAGCCUGAGCGCAAAUACAGGAUGAACGUGUAUGGGCUACAUGGUGGGCAGCGCGUGGGCCCCCUCUCCGUGGUGGCCCUGACCGCUCCCGUCCCCCCAGCCCCAGUCACAGAGCCUCCCGUGGAGCCACGCCUGGGGGAGCUGACGGUGAUGGAUGUGACCCCGGACUCUGUGGGCCUCUCCUGGACCGUCCCCAAGGGUGGAUUCGACUCCUUCUUGGUCCAGUACAAGGACAGGGAUGGGCAGCCCCAGGUGGUGCCUGUGGCCGCCGACCAGCGUGAGGUCACUGUCCCCGGCCUGGAGUCCAGUAGGAAAUACAAAUUCCUGCUCUUUGGGAUCCAAGAUGGGAAACGCCGUGGCCCAGUCUCUGUGGAGGCAAAGACAGUUGGCCGAGGUGACGCCAGCCCAGGAGCCCCACCCCGCCUCGGGGAGCUGUGGGUGACAGACCCCACCCCAGACUCACUGCGCCUCUCCUGGACGGUCCCCGAGGGCCACUUCGACUCCUUUGUGGUCCAGUUCAAGGACAGGGAUGGGCCCCGCGUGGUGUCCGUGGAGGGCCAUGAGCACUCAGUCACCAUCAGCCCUCUGGACUCCGGCCGCAAGUACAGAUUCCUUGUCUACGGCCUCCUGGGCAAGAGGCGCCAUGGCCCCCUCACCGCCGAGGGCACCACAGAGACCCGCAGAGCAGUGGACGAGGCUGGAACAAAGCGUCCCUCCAAACCACGUCUGGGGGAAGAGCUGCAGGUGACCGGUGUGACAUCAGACUCCGUGGGCCUCUCGUGGAUGGUUCCUGAGGGCCACUUCGACUCCUUUGUGAUCCAGUACAGGGACAGAGACGGGCAACCCCAGGUGGUGCCCGUGGAGGGCAGCCGCAGGGAGGUCAGUGUCUCGGGCCUGGACCCUGCCCGCAGGUACAAGCUGCUGCUCUACGGGUUGUCCAGGGACAAGCGAAUGGGUCCCAUCUCUGCCAUCGCUGUGACCGAACCAGCCCCUAGGGAAGAAAUCGAAGCUGAGCCUGAAACCUUCAGUCAUACAGCAUCUGAGCCCCAUCUGGGGGAGGUGACUCUGGAGGAGGCCACCCCACACAGCCUGCAUCUCUCGUGGACAGCAACUGAGGGAGAAUUUGACUCCUUCGAGGUCCAAUACACAGAUGAGGAUGGGCAACGCCAAGAAGUUAAUGUAGGGGGCGACCAGCGUGACAUCACCAUCUCUGACCUGGAAUCCGACCACAGAUACCUGGUGAGCCUGUACGGUUUCCACGAUGGGCAACGUGUUGGUCCUGCCCACAUCGAGGCCAUGACAGCCCCAAGAGAGGAGGAUGAUGAACCUUCAGAAUCUCCCUCUACCCCCCAAACCCCGUCCACCGUGGCCCCCGAGCCUCCCAUCAAGCCCCGCCUGGGGGAGCUGGAGGUGACAGAUGCCACGCCUGACUCCCUGAGCCUCUCCUGGACCAUCCCCGAGGGCCAGUUCGACCACUUCCUGAUCCAGUACAAGAACGGGGAUGGGCAGUCCAAGGUGGUGAGGGUCCCUGGGGACGAGGACAAGGUCACCAUCUCGGGCCUGGAGCCAGACCACAAGUACAAGAUGAACCUGUAUGGCUUCCAUGACCGCCAGCGUGUGGGCCCCAUCUCUGUCAUCGGGGUGACCACUGCAGAGGAAGAGACCCCCAGCCCCACAGAGAUGGAGGAGACCCCCAGCCCCACGGAACCCAGCACAGAGGCCCCGGAGCCCCCCGAGGAGCCCCUCCUAGGGGAGCUGACAGUGACAGGAUCCUCCCCAGACUCGCUGAGCCUCUCCUGGACCGUCCCCCAGGGCCACUUCGACUCCUUCACCGUCCAGUACAAGGGCAGGGACGGGCCCCAGGUGGUGCGUGUCGGGGGCGAGGAGACCGAGGUGACCGUUGGGGGCCUGGAGCCCGGACGCAAGUACAAGAUGAACCUGUACGGUGUGCACGGGGGGCAGCGCAUGGGCCCCGUGUCCACCGUGGGCGUGACCGCCCCGGAAGAGGAGCCCCCUGCUAGCCCUCCUUUGAAGCCACAGCUGGGGGAGCUGACUGUGACAGAUGCCACUCCCGACUCUCUGAGCCUCUCCUGGACUGUCCCCGAGGGCCAGUUUGACCACUUCCUAGUCCAAUACAAGAACGGGGACGGGCAGCCCAAGGCGGUAAGGGUGUCCGGGGACGAGGAUCGGGUCACCAUCUCGGGCCUGGAGCCAGACCACAAGUACAAGAUGAACCUGUACGGCUUCCACGACCACCAGCGCGUGGGCCCCAUCUCCACUGUCGGUUUAACUGCCUCAGAAAAAGACCAAGAAAUGACCCCAGCCCCAACAGACCUGCCCAUUGCAGCUCCUGAGCCUCCCAUCAAGCCCCGCCUGGGGGAACUGGCAGUGACAGAUGCCACCCCCGACUCCCUGAGCCUCUCCUGGACCGUCCCUGAGGGCCAGUUCGAUCACUUCUUGAUCCAGUACAAGAACGGGGAUGGGCAGCCCAAGGCGGUGAGGGUGCCUGGGGACGAGGACAGGGUCACCAUCUCGGGCCUGGAGCCAGACCACAAGUACAAGAUGAACCUGUAUGGCUUCCACGACCGCCAGCGUGUGGGCCCCGUCUCUGUCAUCGGGGUGACCACUGCAGAGGAAGAGACCCCCAGCCCCACAGAGAUGGAGGAGACCCCCAGCCCCACGGAACCCAGCACAGAGGCCCCGGAGCCCCCCGAGGAGCCCCUCCUAGGGGAGCUGACAGUGACAGGAUCCUCCCCAGACUCGCUGAGCCUCUCCUGGACCGUCCCCCAGGGCCACUUCGACUCCUUCACCGUCCAGUACAAGGGCAGGGACGGGCCCCAGGUGGUGCGUGUCGGGGGCGAGGAGACCGAGGUGACCAUUGGGGGCCUGGAGCCGGGACGCAAGUACAAGAUGAACCUGUAUGGCCUGCAUGGGGGGCGGCGCGUGGGCCCCGUGUCCACUGUGGGCGUGACCGACCCUCAGGAGGUUGUGGAAGAGACCCCCAGCCCCAUGGAGCCCAGCACAGAGGCCCCAGAACCCCCCGAGGAGCCCCUCCUGGGGGAGCUGACAGUGACAGGAUCCUCCCCGGACUCGCUGAGCCUCUCCUGGACCGUCCCCCAGGGCCACUUUGAUUCCUUCACAGUCCAGUACAAGGGUAGGGACGGGCCCCAGGUGGUGCAUGUCGGGGGCAAGGAGACCGAGGUGACCGCUGGGGGCCUGGAGCCCGGACACAAGUACAAGAUGAACCUGUACGGCCUGCACGGGGGGCGGCGUGUGGGCCCCGUGUCCACCGUGGGCAUGACCGCUCUGGACUACGACUCCAUGACCACCCAAACCCCAUCCACCGCGGUCCCCGAGCCUCCCACCAAGCCCCGCCUGGGGGAGCUGACUGUGACAGAUGCCACCCCCGACUCCCUUAGCCUCUCCUGGACCAUCCCCGAGGGCCAGUUCGACCACUUCCUGAUCCAGUACAAGAAUGGGGACGGGCAGCCCAAGGUGGUGAGGGUGCCCGGGGACGAGGACGAGGUCACCGUCUCGGGCUUGGAGCCAGACCACAAGUACAAGAUGAACCUGUAUGGCUUCCACGACCGCCAGCGUGUGGGCCCCGUCUCUGUCAUCGGGGUGACCACUGCAGAGGAAGAGACCCCCAGCCCCACAGAGAUGGAGGAGACCCCCAGCCCCACAGAGAUGGAGGAGACCCCCAGCCCCACAGAACCCAGCACAGAGGCCCCGGAGCCCCCCGAGGAGCCCCUUCUUGGGGAGUUGACAGUGACAGGAUCCUCCCCAGACUCGCUGAGCCUCUCCUGGACCGUCCCCCAGGGCCACUUCGACUCCUUCACCGUCCAGUACAAGGGCAGGGACGGGCCCCAGGUGGUGCGUGUCGGGGGUGAGGAGACCGAGGUGACCAUUGGGGGCCUGGAGCCGGGACACAAGUACAAGAUGAACCUGUACGGCCUGCAUGGGAGGCGGCGCGUGGGCCCCGUGUCCACCGUGGGCUUGACUGCCUCCCUGACUACAGAGCCCCCCCUGGCACCCCGCCUGGGGGAGCUGGUGGUGGCAGCCGUGACCUCGGACACAGCGCGCCUCUCAUGGACAGUGGAGCAGGGGCCCUUCGAUUCCUUCCUGGUCCAGUACAAGGAUGUGCAGGGGCAGCCCCAGACAGUGCCUGUGGGUGGAGACCUCCGAGAGGUCACAGUUUCAAGUCUGGCCCCCGGCCGCAAGUACAAGUUCCUGCUGUUCGGACUCCGGGAUGAGAAACGACAUGGCCCAGUCUCUGCAGACGCAAAGACUCUCCCAGACACAAAACCUGCUCCCCGCCUGGGGGAGCUGACGGUGAUGGAUGUGACCCCGGACUCUGUGGGCCUCUCCUGGACCGUCCCUGAGGGUGAAUUCGACUCCUUCGUGGUCCAGUACAAGGACAGGGACGGGCAGCCCCGCGUGGUGCCUGUGGUCACUGACCAGCGUGAGGUCACCAUCCCCGGCCUGGAGCCCAAUAGGAAAUACAAGUUCCUGCUCUAUGGGCUGGUAGGCAGGAAACGACUGGGCCCCAUCUCCGCUGAAGGCAGCACAGCCCCCCUGGAGAAGGAACGGCAGCCCCCACCCCGCCUGGGGGAGCUGACAGUGACGGAUGAGACCCCAAACUCCCUGCACCUCUCAUGGACGGUGGCCCAGGGCCCCUUUGACUCCUUCGUGAUCCAGUACAGGGGCACAGACGGGCAGCCCCAGAUGGUGCCUGUGGCUGCAGACCAGAGGGAGGUCACCGUAGAGGGCCUGGAGCCUGGCAGGAAAUACAAGUUUCUGCUCUAUGGGCUCCUUAGAGGACAGCGCCUGGGCCCCGCCUCUGUCCUGGGAAUGACAGCCCCAGAAGAGGACACACCAGCGCCCUGGAGCCCAGCCACAGAGGCCCCCAAGCUCCCUGAAGGGCCCCGCCUAGGGGUGCUGGCGGUGAGGGACGUGUCCCCGGACUCCCUGCGCCUCUCCUGGAGUGUGGUCCGGGGCCCCUUCGACUCCUUCGUGGUCCAGUAUCAGGACACAGAUGGGCAGCCCCAGGCCUUGCUCGUGGGGGGCGACCAGAACAAGGUCCUCGUGUCUGGCCUGGAGCCCAGCACCUCCUACAAGUUCUUCCUCUAUGGCCUCCAUGAAGGGAAGCGCCUGGGGCCCGUCUCAGCUGACGGCACCACAGGGCCAGUUCCUGCAGGUCAGACCCCCGGAGAGCCGGGGCCCCGGCUGUCCCACCUGUCGGUGACUGAUGUGACCACCAGUUCACUGCGGCUCAACUGGGAGGCCCCACCCGAGGCCUUUGACUCCUUCCUGCUCCGCUUCGGAGUCCCAUCUCCAAGCACCCUGGAACCGCAGCUACGUCCCCUGCUGCAGCGGGAGCUGACAGUGCCAGGGACACGGCGCUCGGCCGUGCUGCGGGACCUGCAUCCAGGGACCCUGUAUACCCUUACAUUGUACGGGCUGCGUGGGCCCCACAAGGCCGACAGCAUCCAGGGCACAGCCCGGACCCUCAGCCCAGUUCUGGAGAGCCCCCGUGACCUCCAAUUCAGUGAAAUCAGGGAGACCUCAGCCAGGGUCAGCUGGACACCCCCAACGUCCAGGGUGGACGGCUUCAAAGUUUCCUACCAACUGGCAGAUGGAGGGGAGCCACAGAGUGUGCAGGUGGAUGGCCGGACCCAGAAACUCGAGGGGCUGAUCCCAGGCGCUCAGUACGAGGUGACUGUGGUCUCCGUCCGUGGCUUUGAGGAGAGUGAGCCUCUCACAGGCUUCCUGACCACAGUUCCUGAUGGCCCCACCCAGCUGCGGGCACUGAACCUGACUGAUGAAUCCGCCCUGCUGCACUGGAAGCCCCCUCAGACCCCGGUGGAUACCUAUGACGUCAAGGUCACAGCCCCAGGGGCCCCUUCCCUCCAGGCCUCAGCCCCUGGCAGUGCCAUGGACUACCCCCUGCAGGGCCUGGUGACCCACACCAACUACACGGCAACCUUGCGUGGCCUUCGGGGCCCCAACUUCACCUCCCCAGCCAGCAUCACCUUCACCACAGGGUUGGAGGCGCCCCAGGACUUGGAGGCCAAGGAAGUGACACCCCGUACAGCCCUGCUCACUUGGACGGCACCAGAAGUCUCCCCAACUGGUUACCUGCUCAGCUUCAACACCCCAGGGGGACAGACCCAGGAGAUCCUGCUCCCAGGAGGGGUCACCUCUCACCAGCUCCGCGGCCUCUUUCCCUCCACCCCCUACAGCACAUGGCUCCGGGCCAUGUGGGGCGACAGCUUCACUCCCCCCGUGUCCACCUCCUUCAUCACUGGUGGACUGCGGAUCCCCUUUCCCCGGGACUGUGGGGAGGAGAUGCAGAAUGGGGUCAGCACAUCAAGGACCACCACCAUCUUCCUCAAUGGCAACCGCGAGCGACCCCUGAACGUGUUUUGUGACAUGGAGACCGAUGGGGGUGGCUGGCUGGUAUUCCAGCGCCGCAUGGAUGGAAAAACGGACUUCUGGAGGGACUGGGAGGACUACGCCCAUGGUUUUGGGAACAUCUCUGGGGAGUUCUGGCUGGGCAAUGAGGCCCUGCACAGCCUGACCAAAGCCGGCGACUACUCCUUGCGCGUGGAUCUGCGGGCUGGGGACGAGGCCGUGUUUGCCCAGUACGACUCCUUCCAAGUAGACUCGGCCGAUGAGUACUACCGCCUCCACCUGGAAGGCUACCAUGGCACGGCAGGGGACUCCAUGAGCUAUCACAGCGGCAGUGUCUUCUCUGCCCGGGACCGAGACCCCAACAACUUGCUCAUCUCCUGUGCUGUCUCUUACCGAGGGGCCUGGUGGUACAGGAACUGCCACUAUGCCAACCUCAACGGGCUCUAUGGGAGCACAGUGGACCACCAGGGAGUGAGCUGGUACUACUGGAAGGGCUUCGAUUUCUCCGUGCCCUUCACGGAAAUGAAGCUGAGACCGAGAAGCUACCAGCCCCCAGGCAGGGGAGGCUGAGCCGUCGCUCACCCCUCCAGCGCCCCACCAUGACUGCCGAGCACUGAGGGGUUGCGCCGAGAGAAGAGCCAGGGGCCACCUUGACCAUCCAGCCACCAGCGGAAGCCUUCUCCACCCGCGAUCUCACAGCACCAUGUUUACAGGGGGGAGGGCAGGGGUUUGUACGGGAGCAAUAA